GUCUCCUCCUCCAAUCUCAUCGCCUUCUCCGCCACCGCGACGCGGUUGGAUUAACGCCGCCGCCGCCGCCGCCGAGACCUGCGCGCGGGGGGCACUCGGGCGCGGGGGCGUUGCCAUGGCGAGCCAAGGGGAGCCCUCGUCGUCGGCCGAUCCGAAGGGGAAGAAGGACUACUCGACGGCGAUCCUGGAGAGGAAGAAGUCGCCGAACAGGCUCGUGGUUGACGAGGCCACGAAUGACGACAACUCCGUCGUCGCGCUGCACCCGGACACCAUGGAGAGGCUGCAGCUCUUCCGCGGCGACACUGUCCUUCUCAAGGGAAAGAAGAGGAAGGAUACUAUUUGCAUUGUCCUUGCUGACGAAACCUGUGAGGAGCCCAAGAUUAGGAUGAACAAGGUUGUUAGGAAGAACCUGAGGGUGCGACUUGGUGAUGUCGUUUCUGUCCAUCAGUGCCAGGAUGUGAAAUACGGGAAACGUGUGCACAUCCUUCCGAUUGAUGACACAGUUGAAGGCAUUACUGGGAACCUGUUUGAUGCCUUUUUGAAGCCAUACUUCCUAGAAGCUUACCGCCCUGUGCGAAAGGGAGAUCUCUUCCUUGUUAGGGGUGGAAUGAGAAGUGUGGAAUUCAAAGUCAUAGAGACUGACCCUACUGAAUAUUGCAUUGUUGCACCGGAUACUGAAAUUUUCUGUGAUGGGGAGCCUGUUAAGAGGGAGGAUGAGGAAAGGCUUGAUGAUGUUGGUUAUGAUGACGUUGGCGGAGUUAGAAAGCAGAUGGCUCAAAUCAGAGAGCUUGUCGAGCUUCCAUUACGUCAUCCUCAACUGUUCAAAUCUAUUGGUGUGAAACCACCAAAGGGCAUUUUGCUGUAUGGACCACCUGGUUCUGGAAAGACCCUUAUUGCUCGUGCUGUGGCUAAUGAGACUGGAGCUUUUUUCUUUUUAAUUAAUGGACCUGAGAUCAUGUCAAAGCUAGCCGGAGAGAGUGAGAGCAAUCUCAGGAAGGCAUUUGAGGAAGCAGAGAAGAAUGCACCAUCUAUUAUUUUCAUAGAUGAGAUUGAUUCCAUUGCUCCCAAGAGAGAGAAGACCAAUGGAGAAGUCGAACGGCGUAUUGUCUCACAGCUGUUGACUCUUAUGGAUGGACUCAAAGCACGUUCCCAUGUUAUUGUUAUGGGUGCUACAAACCGUCCUAACAGCAUUGAUCCUGCUCUUCGGAGGUUUGGAAGGUUUGACCGUGAGAUUGACAUUGGCGUUCCUGAUGAAGUUGGGCGGCUUGAGGUUCUUCGUAUUCACACCAAGAACAUGAAACUAGCUGAAGAUGUUGAUUUGGAACUCAUUGCAAAGGAUACCCAUGGAUAUGUUGGUGCUGAUCUUGCUGCUCUUUGCACUGAGGCAGCUCUUCAAUGCAUUCGUGAGAAGAUGGAUAUCAUAGAUCUUGAGGAUGAGACAAUAGAUGCUGAGAUAUUGAACUCGAUGGCUGUCACGAAUGACCAUUUCAAGACUGCACUUGGUACAAGCAACCCGUCUGCUCUUCGUGAAACUGUUGUUGAAGUUCCUAAUGUCUCUUGGGAGGACAUUGGUGGGCUGGAGAAUGUCAAGAGGGAGCUGCAGGAGACUGUUCAAUAUCCAGUGGAGCACCCAGAGAAGUUUGAGAAAUUUGGAAUGUCUCCCUCCAAAGGAGUUCUCUUCUAUGGCCCUCCUGGCUGUGGUAAAACAUUGUUGGCCAAGGCAAUUGCCAAUGAAUGCCAGGCUAACUUCAUCAGUGUGAAGGGGCCAGAGUUGCUCACCAUGUGGUUUGGAGAGAGUGAAGCCAAUGUUCGUGAGAUAUUUGACAAGGCACGCCAGUCUGCACCAUGUGUGCUCUUCUUUGAUGAACUUGACUCAAUUGCUACUCAGAGAGGAAGUAGUGUGGGCGAUGCUGGAGGUGCAGCUGACAGAGUGCUGAAUCAGCUACUGACAGAGAUGGAUGGCAUGAAUGCCAAGAAGACUGUUUUCAUUAUUGGGGCUACAAACAGGCCUGACAUCAUUGAUCCAGCCUUGCUCAGGCCAGGGCGUCUUGAUCAGCUAAUUUAUAUUCCACUUCCUGACGAGCAAUCUAGGCACCAAAUUUUCAAAGCUUGUCUGAGGAAGUCCCCUGUGGCAAAGGAUGUGGAUUUGAAUGCUCUUGCCAAGUACACCCAAGGCUUCAGUGGUGCAGAUAUUACAGAAAUCUGUCAGCGUGCAUGCAAAUAUGCAAUUAGAGAGAACAUCGAGAAGGACAUCGAGAGGGAGAGGCGGAACAAGGACAACCCAGAAGCAAUGGAGGAGGACGAAGUCGACGAAAUUGCCGAGAUCAAGGCAGCUCACUUCGAGGAGUCCAUGAAGUACGCGCGCCGCAGUGUCAGCGACGCCGACAUCCGCAAAUACCAGGCGUUCGCCCAGACGUUGCAGCAGUCUCGCGGAUUCGGCAGCGAGUUCCGCUUCGAGCGGUCAGAGGCUGGCGCCGGAGCCGCGGCUGAUCCUUUUGCGUCUGCCGCCGCCGUCGCCGAUGAUGACGAUUUAUAUAGUUAGGUUGCCUGUUAUGUCCGUCGUUUGCUCGUCGCCUCUCGUUUGUGUUCAAUAUUGGUUCCAUUUGCCAUGCCCUUUGUUGAACUAAUCAAUCAUACUCCAGAACGCGGCAAAGCCCUCCGGUUAUAUUUAUUUACAAUGCAAAUAGGGAGCUGCUUGGCUGAUGACGAUGUCCUCGGUCUGUAGUCCUGUGGCUGGCUAUUGGACGGUGACAAUUUCUGAAUUUCUCAACGAUAUACACCUAUUUUUUUUUAUUAAA